GCUUCAUCAUCAUCUCUAGUAGAGUAAGCAUCUUGACACCUCACUGUUGCUUUCAAUCCUUACUCAUCUCUUACCUUGCAUCUAGUAAAAGUAACGCGUCAAGUAUGAGAGAGAUCAUUCACCUUCAAGCUGGUCAGUGUGGUAACCAGAUCGGUCAAAAAUUCUGGGAGACUAUUUCCACUGAGCAUGGCAUCGGAACUGAUGGCCGUUAUGCAGGAGACAAUGAUCUUCAACUUGAACGUAUCAAUGUCUAUUACAACGAGGGCCACAAUGGCCAAUAUGUUCCAAGAGCUGUUCUAGUCGAUUUGGAACCUGCAACCAUGGACUCCAUCCGCGCUAGCCCUCACGGAAAGCUUUUCCGCCCCGACAACUUCAUCUUCGCUCAAUCUGGUGCCGGUAACUCCUGGGCUAAGGGUUACUACACCGAAGGUGCUGAACUUGUCGAGUCCAUUUUGGAUGUCGUCCGCAAGGAGGCCGAACACACUGACUGCCUCCAAGGUUUCCAACUCUGCCACUCUCUUGGUGGUGGUACUGGUUCCGGUCUCGGUUCUCUUUUGCUCUCCAAGAUUCGUGAGGAGUACCCCGAUCGUAUGCUCUGCACUUACUCCGUUGUUCCCUCCCCCAAGGUCUCUGACACCGUUGUUGAGCCCUACAACGCUGUUCUCUCUGUCCAUCAAUUGGUUGAGAACUGUGAUGCUACUUUCUGCAUUGACAACGAAGCUUUGUAUGAUAUCUGCUUCCGUACCCUCAAGCUUACCAACCCUGGCUAUGGUGAACUUAACCAAUUGGUCUCAGCCGUCAUGUCCGGUGUUUCCACCUCCCUCCGUUUCCCCGGUCAAUUGAACAGUGAUCUUCGCAAGCUUUGCGUUAACAUGGUUCCUUUCCCCCGUCUCCAUUUCUUCAUGGUCGGUUUCGCUCCCUUGACUGCCUUCGGCUCUCAACAAUACCGCAACAUGAGCGUCCCUGAAUUGACCGCUCAAAUGUUCGAUGCCCGUAACAUGAUGGCUGCCUCUGACCCCCGUCACGGUCGUUACCUCACCGUUGCUACCAUCUUCCGUGGUCGUCUUUCCACCAAGGAAGUUGAGAACCAAAUGUUGGCUGUUCAACAAAAGAACUCCUCUUACUUCGUUGAAUGGAUCCCCAACAGUGUCAAGACCUCCUUGUGUGACAUUCCUCCCGUUGGUCUUAAGAUGUCUGGUACUUUCAUUGGUAACAGCACUGCCAUCCAGGAACUCUUCAAACGUGUCAACGAGCAAUUCACUGCUAUGUUCAGACGCAAGGCUUUCUUGCAUUGGUACACUGGUGAGGGUAUGGACGAGAUGGAAUUCACUGAAGCUGAGUCCAACAUGAACGAUCUUGUCUCCGAAUACCAGCAAUACCAAGAAGCUGCUGCUGAUGAUGAGAUGGAGGAGGACGAGGAUUACAUUGAGGAGGACCCCGAGUUGGCUGAAGAGUAAAUGUGUCCCAAGACACUUUGAAUCGCUUAACCACGACUGCCUUUGUUUUCUCUCAAGAUCUCUUUUUUCUUUUAUAAUAACCCCCCGUAUUUUUAAUACCUCCAAUCUUUUUAUGCCAUUACGAAAAUCCCCCCCCCCCUUUUUUUUUUCUCUCUUUUUUUCUUGAAGGGCAGCCUAUGUAUCAGUUGCAAUGAUCUUUAACCCAUUGUUAUAUGAAAACUAAAAAAGUAUAACGUAUACAUCUUUCUUGCAACAGCUGCGAGGUGUCCAGUACGUAUGUGCUUGCUUUUUUGUUCUACGUCCAUGGUUGGCCAUUUUGGGGAAUGCCGGAGCACAGCGACUAUCACUUAACAAGCCACGACACGCUG